AUCAGCCCGAUUCAAGCAGACGCCCGAUCCGAGCAGACAUCCAUCCUCAGCAGCGCCGCUUGUCUUUCGCCGAGCCCCAAACCCAGAACACAGAAAUCCACUGCUCACUCAGGCCCGUGCCCGGGUGUGCUUGACUGUACCCAGCAAUGAAUCCUCUGGUGGCCAGCAUCCUCCUCGGCCAGUUGCAACAGCAGCAGCAACAGCAGCAGCAACAGCAACAGCAGCAGCAGCAGCAACAGCAGCAGCAGCAACAGCAGCAACAAAACUCGCCUCUCCAGCUAGGGCUGCAGGGCCAGGCCACAAAUGGCUCGGUUUUGUCCCAACUUACCAGCCAGCAGCUGGCGCAGCUCAGCUCUAGUGUUAUGCUCGGCUCACUGCCUAUCGCACAGCAAGGCCAUCAGAUCAUCGGCCAAGCUCCAGCAAAUCAGGCGCUUGGACAAUUCAACUCGCCUGUUGCUAAUUCAAAUGAAAAUAUCAUGAGAGUCUUGCAACGCCAGCAGCAGCAACAACAGCAACAGCAACAGCAACAGCAACAGCAGCAGCAACAGCAGCAGCAACAACAACAACAGCAGCAGCAGCUCACCAAAGCCCAUAUUGAGACCCUUCUCCGCCUGCAAGCCCAACAGAGCCAAACCCAGCAGAAUCAGCAGAAUCAGCAGAUCCAGCUUGCCCUGCAGCAGCAGCAGCUGCAACUGACCCAAGCGCAGCAAACGCAACAGACAUUGCAACUCCUUCAGCAACAACAACAACAACAACAGCAGCAGCAGCAGCAGCAGCAGCAGCAGCAGCAGCAACAGCAACAGCAACAGCAGCAGCAGCAGCAACAACUCUCCAGCCAGUCCAAGAAACUGGAUCCUCAGCGCGCCUUUCCCCAGAUUUCGCCUCAGCAGUCAUCGCAAGCAUUUGCUCAGUUGCAGAAGCUCCAGCAAAUUCAAAAAAUCCAGCAACAACAGCAGCAACAACAGCAGCAACAACAGCAGCAACAACAGCAGCAGCAACAGCAACAACAGCAGCUACAGAUUCAGCAAAGCGCACAGAAAUUGCAACAUCAACAACAACAAGCGCUGCAGCUCCUCCAGCAGCAGCAGCAGCAGCAACUUCAGCAGCAUCAACAACAGCAGCAACAAAAGCAACAGUUGCAGCCUCAGCAGCUCCAACAACAAGCGCUGCAGCUGCUUCAGCAGCAACAGCAGCAACUUCAGCAACAGCAGCAGCUCAACAAGGCCAAUCCGACCCAAAUAACAGAUGACGAUCGUCGUCAAGCAGUAAUGUUGCUCAUGGAAGUCCUCAAAUCACUGAGCAACGACCCCAAAAACACUCAGGAGCGACUCCAGGACGCUGCAAAGGUCUACGAAGCCGAUAUCUUUUCCAACGCCAAGCAGCAAAAGAAUCUAUACCACGACGCACUUGUCGAGAGAGUCAAUAAGCUGAAGGAAGCGAUUUUAGUCCCGAAGCAGGAAAUCUCACCGGGUCUCAGAGCAUUACAACUUCCGAAGCAAUUAUCGGCCGAUAUUCUGUCCCAACAGCCGUCGCAGCAGUCACAAGGCUUGACCCAUGUCCCGAGUUCGAAUACCGCAGGGCCUGCGCUGGGGCUGAACUGGUCGUCCCAAAGCAUCCCAGUAGUACAGCCGGCAAAGUCAGUUCCGUCUCCUGCCCCGUCCCUAGCACAGAAUCAAACCCCUCCUAAUGCAUUGAAGCUCGCCAUAACUCCGCAAUUGAAGUACAUUCUGACUCAAUCGCCAAACUUCACCGCGUCGUUGUCCGCCGUCCAGCAGCAGCUUUCGACCCCUCUUAACUUGAGUGCAGCAGACCAGGCUACCGUCCGAGGAAUGUGGCAGGAGAUGCAGAAGAUGUAUGAUCGCUUGGAUACCCUGUUUGAGGCCUUCCGGACAUUUGGCACGUCGACACGAACCGAUGAGCCCAAUCGCGAAAUUGCGCAGAUCGAGAAGGUUUACAUCUGCCGGAUCAUGUACGAGAUGCAAAAGCGUGCUCUCGAUGCGGGCAUCUUCAUCGUUGACGUUGAAAGAGCCAAGCAGCUGCGAAGCCUGUUGAUGACGCUGUUUCAGAUGGCGCACCAGCAUAACACUGAGCGCAAAAGGCAGCAGGAGCACCUUCUCCAGCAACAGCAACAGCAACAGCAACAGCAGCAACAGCAACAGCAGCAACAGCAGCAACUGCAACAGCAACUUCAACAGCAAUUGCUUCUCCAACAACAGCAACAAAAACAGCAGCAACAGCAGCAACAGAAACAGCAGCAGCAACAACAACAACAACAACAACAACAACAACAACAACAACAACAGCAGCAGCAGCAGCAGCAGCAGCAGCAGCAGCAGCAGCAGCAGCAGCAGCAACAGCAACAGCCGCCACAGCAAAAGCAACAAAUCCCGAUACCAGCCUUGGAUACUCCAACGAAGCUGACCGCUUCGAAUCGUCAACUGCCGGGAACAAUCAAAGCAGUAGCAAAGCAACUCAAAUUAAAUCCUCCUGUUCCAGGCAAGACCGAGGACCCUCUGCCCAAUGUGAACCGAACAGAGGAUUCUUCCACACUCACGGCUUCAAAGCUUACAAGUGCCCUACCGCACGCAAAAAACCUGGGUCAGCUGAUACAGAGACAAUAUCCAUCCAAGCAAGCUAAGGUUAAAAAGGUGGAGGAGCCCAAGCCUCUACCCCGCCUCCCAAAACCUUUGUCCGACCUAAAGCAUGAAAAACCAAGCGAUCAUUGCUCGCCAAUCGCUCCCAAGGAACAAAGCCAGACGACCGCAUCCGCAGUGCUGCCCUCGUCCACCCCUUCGCCAGUCAACUUCAAUGACACCACAUCUGGACAGCCUGCGCCCUCUCCCAAGCCCGCCCUUUUGAUACAUCCUCAGCCGAACAACGGGUCCAGUCGAACACUCGAGCAGUUUGUGAACGUCAUACUCGAUUCGUUGAUUGACGACAAGAGCAUCCGGACAACAGCCGUGAUCUCUGAGUUUGCGCACCUGCUCUCUCCGCCGCCUGAUCCAGAGGUGGAGAUACCCCUCGUGGCGAAGCCUCGCGACGAGGAUCAGGAGCUCUUUGAAAUGUUUGGGCUGGACUACCGUCCGCUAGACUACCACGAGCGGUUCAAGGCAAUGUUGGAAGAACGGCCCGGCGCUCUCGCUGUGGAGACCGCGGCGGCAGCACUGCCACGCAACAAGCGCAAACGCGAGGACUCGGACGAUGACGACGAGAUGCCCAAUGAUGAUGUGGCCUUUGGCGGCCUUGACACCAAGGCCCGCAAACUCACACACCACGAGCCCCAGCCCAAGUCCGUGGCUGGGGGCGAACGACUGCAGCAUCGGGACAACGGCAGUCUUGGAGGCGACCCGGACCUGUCGUUUGUACGUGAGCUGUCGAUUCUACAACAGCGGCCGGACGUCGAAGUCCAGGUGAUUGAGAUGGACGACCAGGAUCUGCAGGACCCGACCCUGGUUUACGGCAAAAACGAUCUCGACAGCUCACCCAUCGUGAGCUGCAAGUUCAAGGAGCUGGGCGCCAUGGCAGUGUUCCGCAUCUCAAGUCUGCGCGACUAUGAUGGCGGCAAGGUUGGCGCCGAUGAUUUUGAUAUGGUCUGGCUGCACGGAGCCGAGGCCGCCAGCACGGCGCUCAGCCGGAAAUCGAUCCUGGCCAGGCUUAACAACAGCACCCCCGUACGCAUUGGCGAUGUCGUCGAUGCCGUUUUGACAGUCCAGCCGUAAUGUCCGACCAGCUGUAGUGGCUGGCCAGCGAACCCCUCCCCCAUACUUGCCUUUGCAUCCUUCUAUCCCUUCUCUUUUGCAGAGACGGAUACCUGAGAUCGCUCUCGGCGACAACGAUGACGAUGACAACAAUGGCGAUAAC